AUGUACUUUUUGGCCGGCGUGCUAGUGAUUGUUUUACUACCUCACAGUAAAAGUGUCGUCGAGGCAUAUAAAGCUGCCGUUCUCGAGUACCACCCCAUCGUCGCAGACACCCCUAGAAACACAAUUUUGUGGAACUUGCACGAAUACAAAAACUACGCUUCCAAAGCCAAACAACAAAGUGCUGACAUUAUCGUCUUCCCGGAGUACGGUCUCACUGGUUUGGUCAACAACACGAAAAUGUAUGCAGUGGAAGUGUACGAGUUUUCUGACGUGAUAAUUUACCUCAAAGGUAUAGCUGCUGAACACCAGAUAUACAUGGUGGUUAAUUUACUGGAACGAGCACACAAGUUCUGCUGCGACAUCCCCGAGUACUAUAGUACGACUGUGGUUUUCGACAGAUCUGGUACUAUCGUGGCUCGUUACAGAAAAAUAAAUCUUUUUAAUGAAGCAGAACUCACACCAGGGCAGCGCAACCAAAACAAUUUUUUUGGUACUGACUUUAACGUCAGUUUUGCCAUUUUGGCUUCACAUGAUGUUCUUUUCAAAUAUCCGUCCAAGGGUGUACAAGACGUGGUUUGUCCCACUGCUUGGGCCUCUACCAUACCCUUCUACUUUUCGUUAAGCAUCCAGCGCGGUUACGCCCUUUCCAAUGACGUCACGAUGUUGGUGGCCGGUUUUAACCAGCCGUGGAAGAGUUUUAGUGGCACUGGAAUUUACCUACGCGAUGGAGGCGUAGCAGAGGCUUUCUACACGGACUCAGCCACAAAUCGCCUGAUUGUACGAGAAGUACCAAACAUUCAGACCAAUGCGUGCGUCACUGACCUAAAGCGCAUUUCACACUACGCUAUGUCGAGUGUUAACUACGUUCUACAGACAGACUUCCACCCGUCUAUUUACAGCGCUCGAGGUGUCAAUUUCGCUAACAAAAGUACCACCGAAAAAAUUUGCGAUGGGGAUUUUUGUUGCACUUUCCACAUCGCUACUGAAAGUACCACUUCGUCACUGCACAAACUGAUGGUGUACGACGGUCGCAUUGUUUACGACAGGCGGUCACUCCAUGUCCAGAUAUGCGGCUUGGUAUCGUGUGAGACCGACUCGGUUGACAGCUGCGGCAAGAGGUUGGACACAAGCACCGAGUUCACGAAAAUUAGCGUCCGGGGAAAUUUUUCAAGCAAAGAAAUUUCGUACUUACCCUUGGCGCUGGAUUAUGACCUGCUGCCCCUAGACAACAUUGCGUAUUGCCAACAUAAUAAUACUGACUUUUUGUCAGUGGAGUUGACAGCAACCAAUCAGACGAAAGUUUUCGUUUUUGGCUUUGUGGGACAGGUGAACUGCGCCACUUCUGGUCAGAGGGGUCAUCUGUUUUUGUUAGUGCUAUAUUUAUUGACGAUGUUGUGGGGGGAAUUUUAA